AUGCCAUCUAACUUCAUCGACCCCGUGCGCUUCACGGUACUCGAAGGAAUGGUGAAUCAAUUGGCUGCCAACAUGAACACCAAUAUGGCAAAACUCAUGGGCAUGCUUCGAGAUCAGAACCGUGCUUCAUCGAGCUACACUCCACCUCCAGAACACAGGGCAACUGUAGAUCCGAAUCCGGUCGUCCCGCGAAUCUAUGUUACAGAUAGUGAGGAUGUAUCUUUCUUUGCAACGACAUACAUGCUGGCGGUCUAUCCGGUCAACGAUCCUUUGCCACCGCCUCUUGCUCCUACGACGGUUCCUUUGCCACCAGCAGCUUUCCUAUCGGCGGAUUCAGUAAUGCACACGUUGCCGCCGUUAACCAUACCGGCUCAGCCUCCGAUCUAUAUCAUGCCACCACCAACGGUCCAUCCGAUCAUCAGUGCACAAGUUCCUACUCCUACCAUGGACCAUUUCUCUUUCCAGACUCCACAACCACAAAUAAGCUUCUCCUACCCAGCUCCACCACCCCUAAACAUCCCUCCCUCUGAACUGGGCACGCCUACUCAGGCUGCUCCUGCAGCUCCAUCGAAAAACAUUCCCCUCGAAGCGGAAACCCAGCAGGAAAGAAGAAUAAGAAGAAUGGAGGAAACCAUCCGAGCCCUCCAAGCUGGCACGACCCGCAUUAAUUACGGUGACUUCAAUUGA